UCAUUUGUUUAACCAGUUCGGAGGGGAAAUAAGCAGCUCGCCGUCAAUGCCAAAAGUAGGGAGCGCCUAAAAACUGUCGCUGUCUCGCUCCGGAGCAAAGAUCGCAUUAAAUUAUUUGUAGCGCUCAAGCAAUGAAUGGAAAACUUCGACGGCGUGUGGCGGUGAUCGGCGCCGGCCCUUCAGGUCUCGUGGCUGCACGACACUUCACGGCACCUGACUCACCCUUCGAGUGCAAAAUUUUCGAGCAGGGCAGCGACCUUGGCGGCACUUGGAUUUUUACGCGGCACGUCCAGUUUGACGAAAUCGGCAGACCGGUGCACUCCAGCAUGUACGAAAAUCUCAGGACAAAUCUGCCGAAAGAGGUGAUGUGCUACCCUGAUUACCCUUUUCCCGACCACGAAAAGUCAUAUUUGACCUCCGAGCAGGUUUUAAAAUACCUGCACGAUUACGCAGAUCAAUUUCGCCUGAGGGAACAUAUUCAGUUUAAUAAAUGGGUUCAAGAAGUAAGGCCGGUUGGUAACGACGAUGAGUGGCAGCUGACAAUUUUCGAUUGGCUAACAAAAGAGACGAGCACCGAGUUUUUUGACGCUGUUAUUGUAUGCAAUGGUCACUUCAGCCGUCCAAAUAUGCCACUCUUUGAAGGCUCCGACACGUUUGAAGGAAAAAUCAUACACAGCCGUGAAUACAGAGAAAGAUCUCCAUUCACCGAUAGAAGGGUGUUGGUGAUCGGUGGCGCUUUUUCGGCGGUUGAUGUUGUUAUGGAGUUGUCAAGUGUGGCUAAAUGCGUGUACAUGAGUCACCACGAGAAAAAUAUCGCUGGGAAUUUCCCUGAGAAUGUGAAAAUGACGUCCGACGUAGAUUACUUUUCCAAAACCGGCGCCUGCUUCAAAAACGGCGAUAAAGACGACUUUGACGACGUGAUAGUCUGCACAGGUUACAAGCACGAUUACCCCUUUCUGCACAAAAGCUGUCAAAUAACGACAGAUGGGUACGGCGUGGAGCCACUCUACAAGCAUUUGAUAAACAUCGAGCACCCCUCGAUGUGCUUGCCGGCCGUCAACAACUAUAUUUCACCCCUCCAAUGUGCGGACGUGCAAGUUAGGUACUUCUACCAGCUACUCACGGGCUCCUUUCAGCUACCGGAAAAAUCCGAGAUGUACCACUGGCUCAGGGCUGAUCAGAAACGCAGGAGGGAGGAAUUAGGUUUUUCCGCGCGACUUGCUCACAGGCUGGGACCGCUUCAGAAGGAGUAUUAUGACGAUUUAGCAGACACGGCGGGAGUGCAGCGAAUUUUGCCUGUCGUUUCUAAAUUACAUGCCAGGAGCGUGCAACUGAAAUUGGCAGAUCUCUACACCUUUCGGGACAGGAAUUUUCGAGUCGUUGAUGAACAAAAUUUUAUUGAGCUCAAUUCUUCAUUCACGUCUGAAAUGAAUGUGAAUGGAAAAUUUCGUCGCCGAGUCGCAAUAAUCGGUGCCGGGCCUGCUGGUCUCGUGGCUGCGCGACACUUCACGGCACCUGACUCACCUUUCGAAUGCAAAACUUUCGAGCAGGGCAGCGACCUUGGCGGCACUUGGAUUUUUACUCGGAAUGUACAGUUCGAUGAAAUCGGCAGACCGGUGCACUCCUGCAUGUACGAAAAUCUCAGGACCAAUUUGCCAAAGGAGGUGAUGCGCUACCCUGAUUUCCCAUUUCCAGACUAUGAAAAGUCAAAUUUAACUUCAGAGCAGGUUUUGAUGUACCUGCGCGAUUACGCCGAUCAUUUUCGCCUGCGGGAAUAUAUUGAGUUCAACAAGUGCGUGAAAGACGUGAGACCAAUCGGUGAUAACGAUGAUGAGUGGCAGCUGACAAUUUUUGAUUGGCUCACAAGACAGACGAACACAGAUUAUUUUGAUGCUGUUAUUGUGUGUAAUGGACAAUUUAACAAGCCAAAUAUGCCGGUUUUCAAAGGCUUUGACACUUUUGAAGGGUCCAAAAUCCACAGCCGGCAAUAUCGAGAAAGGUCUUCUUAUGCAGGCAAGCGAGUGUUGGUGAUCGGAGGCUCGUUUUCAGGAAUCGAUAUUGCAAUGGAACUUUCUAAAGUGGCCAAAUAUGUUUACUUGAGUCACCAUAUGGAAGGUAUUAAGGGAAAAUUUCCCGCGAAUUUAAAAAUGACGUCUGACGUAGACUACUUUUUCAAAACCGGAGCAUAUUUUAAGAACGGAGAAAAUGACGAAUUUGAUGACGUGAUAGUUUGUACAGGAUAUCAUCAUGACUACCCCUUUUUGCACGAGAGCUGUGAAAUAAGCACAGACGGAUACGGCGUUGAGCCUCUGUAUAAGCAUUUGAUAAACAUUGAGCAUCCCUCGAUGUGCUUGCCAGCCAUAAACAUCGCUGUUGCGCCCCUACAAUGUGCAGACGUGCAAAUUAGAUUUUUCUACCAGCUCCUCGCAGGCUCCUUUCAGCUACCGGAAAAAUCCGAGAUGUACAACUGGCUCAGGGCUGACCAGAAACGCAGGAGGGAAGAAUUAGGUUUUUCUGCGCGAUUCGCUCACAGCCUGGGGCCGCUUCAGAAGGAGUAUUAUGACGAUUUGGCGGACACGGCGGGAGUGCAGCGAAUUGCGCCAGUAAUUUCUAAAUUGCACGCCAGAGUCGCCCAAUUGAUUAAAGAAGACAUAUCCACGUUUAAGAACAGAAAUUUUAAACUUGUCGACGAAGAAAACUUUGUUGAACUUAUUAAUUAAAAUUUUCGUGUCCUGAAAAAGGUUAGUUGAUAAAUAAAAAUUAAUAAGUAA